AUGCCACCCAAAAAGAAAGGCGCCCCUGCGAAGGCAAAAGCGCCCGCGACCACGCCCCGCGCAACUCGCACCUCUGUUCCCGAUACCGUUACGAACAGUCGCGGAAAGGAGUACGAGACCACUGCCGCUCUCUCGCGACCGCGUAGAGAGAGUGCGGUCUUAACAUCGGCGACUGAGCUUAAGAAGACUGCAACUGCUACCCCGUCGAAGAAGCGCGGCGCUCCUGCUAAGAAAGCUGAAGAGGAGGUGGACGAAGAUGAGCCACCACCGAAGAAGCGUGGACGUCCCGCGAAGCAGGUUGCGGAGAAGGUGAAAGUCGACGACCCGCCGAAGAAGCGCAAACCAGGUCGUCCUGCCAAGAAAGUCGCAGUUGAGGUGGAGGAAUCGGAUGAUGAUGUCGCUGAGGAGGAUGAAGAUGGCGGGGAGGAAAAUGUACCGGAUGAGCCAGCUGCGGCUGCAAAGCGGCGUGGCCGCCCACCUAAGAAAGCUGCUGCUAAGGCUCCCACAAAAGUCGCAGUUGAGGUGGAGGAAGUGGACGAUGAGGAGGAUGAAGAUGGUGGGGAGGAUGAAGAUGGUGGGGAGGAAGAUGUUGUGGAUGAGCCAGCUGCGGUUCCAAAGCGGCGUGGCCGCCCGCCUAAGAAAGCUGCUGCUAAGGCUCCUACGAAAGUCGCAGCAACUAAGAAGCGUGGCCGUCCCUCAAAAGCCGCCAUCGCUGCUGCUACUGAAGGAGAGAAUGCUGAAGGUGCAGACGAAAGCGAUGAAGAAGAAGCACCCCCUCCUAAGAAGCGUGGUCGUCCCUCAAAAGCCGCUAUCGCUGCUGCUACUGAAGGAGAGAACGCUGAAGGUGCAGACGAAAGCGAUGAAGAAGAAGCACCCCCUCCCAAGAAGCGCGGCCGUCCUGCAAAGAAGGUUAAAGAUGCGGUUCCCAAGACAGAGACAGCUCCGCCAAAGAAGCGCAAGAGCUCGCCGAGAGGUGGAGAGACUACCAAGAUGGAUGGAGAUGACGAUGCUGCUGCCGAUCAGCUCGAGGGUGAGUUGAUCGACACGGCUGAGGAGGCUGUCCGCAAGCCGCCAGCUACCACUGGAAAGGGCAAGGGGAAAGCAACAGGCAAAUCUCUCAAAGGCGAGGUCUCUGUGUACGAGGACGAGGACGAGGCUGCAUAUGAAGACCGCGUUGAGCAAGCUGCAGAGAGACGCUACUGGCUGAUGAAGGCAGAGCAGGAGGACCGCGAAGAGACACUCGCAAAUGGCGAAAUCUUCAACGCCAAAUUCACAAUUGACGACCUGAAAUCCAAGGAUGGUCCGGAGCCGUGGGAUGGGGUGCGCAACGUAGUCGCGGCCAAGAACAUGCGCGAGAUGAAGAAAGGCGAUUUGGCAUUCUUUUACGCUAGUGGUGGAAAGAGUGGCCGGAAGCCUGGUAUCACCGGCAUCAUGGAGAUUGUCAAGGAGCACGAGCCUGACAAGACUACUGCUGACGAGGGUGCUUACGGAUACGUCAAGGAUGAAAAGGCUCGCGGCAAGUGGUGUGUGGUGCACGUCGAGUAUCGCAACAAGCUCAGCCAACCAGUCCACCUGUCAACCCUGCAGAAGUACACCGAGAAAGGCGGCGUGCUCAGCAACAUGCAGGUGCUUAAGCAGUCGCGCCUGAGCGUGACGAGUGUGACGGAGAAGGAGUGGACCUUCAUUACYAAGAAGUUGAUUGAGGGAUUCGAGGAUGAGGAUACUAUGCCAGGAGUUGAAAGCGGUCAUUCUAACGACACGACCAUCGCCGCGUCCAACCCCGAGGAGGAGAGUACUUUGCUCACCGCUGAGCAGGUUGACGACGAGGUGAUUAUCAAUGAGAGCACCCAGCCCGAACAAGAUCUCCCGACAGGAACUGUCCAAGCUGGACUUCUCCUUGCUACUACCGAGAGUGAGAUCCCAUCAACCGACACCAUUUUCCCCGCAGAGACGUCGCAAACUUCUCACCCCACGUCUCGUGGUGGCUCGCACGCUCCACCGGUCAAGUCCAAGGCUGCCGCUUCUCGACAGAGCUCGCGCACUCCAUCAGUCAAACCCAGUGCUACCACUUCUCGUCAGGGCUCGCGAGCGAGUAGUGUAGCUGCGGGCAGCCUCGCCCCACCGACAACCAACGGUCGUGGCCGCAGUCGCACUCCCAAGGUCCGCGCCGGUAGUGUUAGUGUGGCCGACUCUGCGGAUGUUGAUGGUACUACUGCUGGCAUGCCGGUUAUUGGCGAGGGUGAUGAGUGA